GAUGGGCAUACUGGACAUUUUCGUCUUCGUAACGUGGAGUGCAACACUCUCGUUUACUCGUCUACCAAACACUUGGGACAUUACCCCUCUUCCGAUGAAGCCGAAAAUCAGUUCUUCGCUUUCUCUUUCGAUGGUAUGGAAAUUGUUCGAAUCGAUUAUCACCUGGAUAAGGCGAAGCUUAUGGACACUAGCAAACCCCUAGUCGUCGCCGAACAAAGGCUCGACAACCCCAGCUCGGCCGAGCAGAGCAUGUCAUUCGCCGUCAGUAAUACACAAGAACAUACAUCUAGCUUUGAGUAUACGGCUGGGUUUAGUGUCACUGUGGGGACUAGCGGUAAAAUUGCCUUGCCCUUUGUCGCCGAGGGCGAGAUCAGUGUGGAGGCCUCUACCAGUCAUGAAUGGACCUGGGGCACUGAAAUCAAGACCUCCAUAAUGCACAGCGCGACGUUCAAUGUCACUGCCCCUCCAAAAAAGUCUGUAAAGGCCACAGCAAAAGUCAGCACUGGUACAAUGGAUGUUCCGUUUACGAUGCACGUCAAGGUAAAAUCGACGGGGUUCACGACCGAGACCCAAGUCUUGGCCAGUAGACGAUUGUGA